UGAGGACGCGGUCAGCCUCGCGCGCGCUCCCUGCGUAGGACAACCAUCAUUAAUUUUCACGGUGCCUUCGCCUCUCAUCGUCGGGGAGGAAACUCAACCACAACCGGGCGUGUGUGUGUGAGCGUGGGAGGGAAUUCCACCAUUCACGCGUGGAGCAGCAGGAUAACGGUGUAGUGGACACACACGCGUGGGGAGCACUGACAAGCGUCCCACUCACGGAACGGCCUGUCCGGCGAUGGCGAGCCAGGCUUCGGAUAGCGACGUCCGGCCUGCGUCGGUGGAGGCCGGCCACCCGGAGUCGGACGGCCACCCGGAGUCGGACGGCCACCCGGAGCCGGCCCGCUACCCGGAGCCGGCCUGCCUGGAGGCGCAGAAGUGGAUCGAGGCGGUCACAGGGAAGAGUUUUGGAGCCAAGGACUUCCGCGGCGCCUUGGAGAACGGCAUCCUGUUAUGCGAGCUGCUCAGUGCCAUCAGACCAGGCCUGGUCAAGAAGAUCAACCGACUGCCCACCCCCAUAGCCGGCCUGGACAAUCUGUCCGUCUUCCUGCGGGGCUGCCAGGACUUGGGCUUGAAGGGCUCGCAGCUCUUUGACCCGGGUGACCUGCAGGACACGUCCAUGAGAGCCAACCUCAAGGACUCCGACUGCAGCCGCAAGCUGAAAAACGUGCUGAACACCAUGUUCUGGCUGGGCAAAGCUGCCAGCGGUUGUGCCUCAUAUAGCGGACCAACGCUCCACCUGAAGGAGUUUGAAGGACUGCUGGCACAAAUGAAGGUGGACAGCGAGGAGUCGGCAGACGGUUCCCAGAAGCGCAGCGUACGAGACAGCGGCUACGACUGCUGGGACUCGGAGCGCAGCGAGUCGCUCUCACCGCCGAGGCACACGCGAGACGACUCGCGAGACGACUCGCUGGACAGUCUGGACUCUUUUGGCUCUCGCUCGCAACACAGUCCUUCGCCUGACGUGGUCAACCGAGCCCACGCUGACGGACGAGGCGGCGAUGUGGAGGUCGACGGCGCCGGCAGGAAGCCGGACGUGCAGAAGGACGACAUGUCGGCCAGACGGAGCGCCGGCAGCGAAUCACGGAGCUCCGUUCCCUUCAACCAGUUCCUUCCCAACCGGAGCAACGCCAGUUCCUACGUGCUAACCCCGCGGCGGAAAGCACAGGCAGAGGACGGAGAGCAGCGCAGAUCCUCCUCCUCCUCCUCACCUUCCCCCGCCAAGGAGCAGCCCAAGAGAUCAGCGUCCCCAAAUAUCAUCCUCCGCCGCCAUAAUGACUUCCUGAGCUCUCACAAAAACGCUUGGGACUCCGACGACAACGAGGAAGACGGGGCGGAGGGGCGGAAGGUUCCGGAUGUUAGAAGAGACGACCUGGCGUCCCGGCGGGCUCCUCGUGGGCCCGCGGCGCCCCGGGCGCCUCAGUUUGUGCCGCCGGCAUGCAGCAGCAAAGACCGGGAACGCUGGGAAGGCAUCAGGCGCUCUUCCCAACAAACCCUGCAGGAGCAGGAGACCAGCGAGGCGGAGCAAAUCCCUGACAUCAUAACGUGCAAAGACUCCGCCCCUCGCCACCGGGACAAGGAGGAAGAGGAGGAUGAGAGGGGGAAGGACGAGGCCGAGGAGGGAGGCGAGGGAACGGUCAAAGCCACGCCCGAUAAGCUGACGGACGACCUAGCUCUUAGGCGGGUUCAUGCUAGGCCACGCCCCCUUCACCGGGACAGUGGACCAAUGAGCUUGGCGUCCGCCGCCAUGAGCCAAGCGGACAUGCGGAAGUGGGAGAGGCUGAGGAUGAGUGAACACAGUGAGCCCAGCCCCGCCCCCGUGUGUCAGUCUUGCUUGGAGAAAACGUGCACAAGCUCCCCCGGCGGACGGGGUCACGGAAAAUGGGUGACAUUUGGCGGCGUGACCGAGAUCGGGCAGCCGAUAGGCCAAGGGACGGGGUCGGAGUUGCCAGGGCGACUCCUCUCCAAGGCGACCGUCGCUGUGCCAACAAAUGGCCUGGGCUCCCUGCUCUUGAAGCGGGAACGCAGCCUCCCUGACGGAAGCAGCCCCCACCCCCACCUUUCACCCGGCGCUCCAGAGGCUCCUUGCUCCCCUGCUGAGCUGGACGCCUAUCCGGAGAAGAGGAUGAAGGAGCAGGAGGAGGAGGAAGUGAGGACACCGGAUGUUCGGAAAGAUGACAUGAUGGUGAGAAGAACGGGAAUCUUCCAUAAGGAAAACACGGCGGCACCGCCUUGCAUCCGCUUCCUGCCUCAACCCGCUUCCGAGCGCUGCUCCCGGGACGAGGGCGGCGCUGGCACCCGGGAAGUGGACCGAAUGAAGAGCGGGAACAUAAGAGAAGCGGGAGAUGAGAUUCCUCACGGAAGAGUGAAGCGGGAGCACGUUGACGGUGGCGACGCAAACGAGGCUCCGCCCAACUUGGUGAAGGAUGACAUGAUGGCUCGGAGGACCACGGCCUUCCAUAAAUCACAUGUGGCCUUCAGCCGCUUCCUGCCGGUGCCGGGCGGGGUGAAGCGGCCGCCAAGCGAACCCGAGCGGGGAGAAAAGGGGGCCGGCGGAAGUCUCAGCAGUGGCGUGGGUGUGGCAGCCCGACAUCAGACUCCACCCUCUGAGUGCGCGGGGCCGUUGGUGGAUGACAGGGAGCAAAAAGGGGACGUCCUUGAGGCGUCCUCAUCCUCGCAGGCUCGCCUCCCGCCUUGUGGGGAGGUAGAGUUAGGAAGUAAGUUGGCGAGGGCUGAGGAAAGGAGGGAGGAGGAGCCAAGAAAGACAUCCUUGUGGGCGGAGGAUGAAAAUCUGCCGCCAAUGAUGACGAGCCGACGAGUUGCUUUCAGGUCCCAAGACACCGAGAGCGUCAGCCUGAGCGACAUGGCCAACGACGACCCGGCAGGACACGUGAUGCAGCCGCCUAGCGUGUCGCAUCACGAGCGCCCGUGUAACACCUUCCAGGAGGACGACGACCAGUGGCAAAGCGACUUGGCCCGCUGGAAGAGCCGCCGUCGCUGCGCCUCGCAGGAGCUGAUCAAAAAAGAAGAAGAGAGGAAGAGGAUGGAGCGAAUGACGGAGGAUGGGGGCGACUGCAACAAGAGGAAGAGCAUCAAGACCUACAAGGAGAUCCUGGAGGAGAAGGAGCGUCGAGAGGCGGAGCUUUGCAAGGCCUACCGCAGUGCCGCCACCCCGGAGGAGGCGGCUGUGGUUCUGCAACGCUACGCUCUCCGCUUCACUAUCAGCGACGCCACGCUGGACUACCUCAAGCUCCCCAGGUCCACCUCAAACCCCGAGCCGGACCUAAAGCAGGCGGCGGGGGAACCGGAAUCACCAGAACACAAACUCAUGGAAUGUGACUGGAUGAGAAGAGCGGCUGAAAAAGCAACGCCACUUGACGCUUCCGCCGAGGCGCGGCUCCACUCUCCAGGAAACCCACCGGGGCUAUCCCGAGAAUCCCAUCCACCUCCGAUGCGGACAUCUCCAGAACCUGUCAUGGCAGUGGACGCACCACCUCGGAUGGCAGAGGCGCUGUGUCCCGCUGUGACGCCCUCUCAGACGCCGCCCUCGCCUUCACGACCCGUCCCCCUGCUGGCGGCCAAGCCCUACCGCCAACCCUGCAGCUCGCAUGGAGUCAAGAUGGACGGCCUGGUUCGAGUGAACGGGGACUCUGCCGCUUCCCCGCUGCAUUCGCCGUCGGAGAAGGAGGACCCCCCAGCUAACGAGGCUUCCUCCACUGCGCCUGAAAGCAUCCACCAGACGCCGGACAAGUCUUUUCCUCCUCUUCCUCCCCAGACGUCCUCCUCUUCCUCCUCUACCAUCAGCUCGCUGUUCAGCGGGAGGAACUGCAUCACCAAGACCACCAUCGUCACAGAGCUGACUCAGACCGUGGUGGAGCCACACGCCCCAGAGGACCAGGUGAACGGCAUCGCCACAUGUGAGGAGGCCGCAGGAGAGCAGCAGGCCACGUCAGCAUCUCUACCAUCUUCACCCACCACCAGCGUGCUGGAAUCCUCUCCCGCCCUCACAGAAGAACAGGAGGAGAGCAGCGUCAGCAUUGAGACCCCCAUGUUGAACUUGGCUAAGCGUGUAAAUCACUGGGUCUGGGACCCCAGUGAGGAGCGUAAACGGGUGGAAAGGUGGCAACAGGAGCAGGAGCGCCUCCUACAGGAGCAGUACCAGAAGGAGCAGGAGAAGCUGAAGAAGGACUGGGAGAAAGCCCAGCUAGAGGUGCAGGAGCAGGAGCGCAAACACCACGAAGAGGAGAGAAAGAUCUUGGAGGAGACCGUAGCGCCUCUCAGUCCCCGCGUCCUGGUCCAGCAGCAAGCCGCCCAGACGGGCCAGAGGUCCCCAUCUUCACAGUUCAAGGACGCCAUCAGCAGCCUCGGUCCGAAGCAAAAUGGCCACAAAGACGAUCAGCAUGCGUCAAAGCUGCACUUCCUGCAAGAUUCCGUGUGUGAGAAGAAACCAGGAAUAUGGAAGACGGCUUCCCUGGACCGGAACACCCAGCCCGGCGUGUCGCAAGGCGUUAAACGGUGCGGCAAGGUCUCUAACGACUCGCCGUACAUAAAAGUCAACGUGUUCUCUUUGUGCGGGUGCAACAGGUACGAUUCCCACGAGGGCGUCGCAGGCAACCAGCAGCUGCCGCCGUCACCCAGCAGGUGCGUUAGCGGGAAGAGGCUAUGCUCCGCUUGUUCUCAGCCGCUGGGGAAAGGAGCGGCCAUGAUCAUCGACACCCUGGGCCUGUUUUUCCACAUGCGCUGUUUCAAGUGUGGCCUGUGCCGGGGGCAGCUGGGGGACGCCGCAACCGGGACGGACGUAAGGAUCCGCAACGAACUGCUGACUUGUCACGACUGCUACGUUGCAUCACUCGGCAGAGGACAGCCCACCACGCUAUGAUGACCUCUCAUCCCUUGUCUGCGGGAAUACCGGAACGCACACCUCCAGUGACAUACCUGGGACCCCACCCCCUUUGUAUUUAACCAGGAAGUGCAAAAUACUGGACAUACGGGCGUGUUUGUAUGCUGGUACAGCCGUGUAGCAUGAUGCGUGUCCAUUAGGAAUUUACAGUACAAAGACUAUACACUAAGCACAAUACAGGAAAUAAGUACAAUGAUUUUAUGUUUAUGGAGGAAGCUCCACCAUCAUGAUGCCCUACCUUCUCAUCCUUAUCUUGGCUGUCUGCUUUGACACGUUUGCAUGCAUGCAUAUAUCAUACCAUAUCUAACUUAUUGCCGUCGUCCCUCGGAGGGGAUGCGUGGUUUGUGUUUGGCAUCAUUUCCUUUGUUACUUCUGGUCUUCUUUCCCCCUCCAAGGUGUUUGAAUGGUUCAACCGGUGCCUUAUGAAUUGAAUGCAAGCAUAUGCAGGAGUAUUUCACACGCUCCUCUGAAGGCGUGUGUGAGAUUUGACUUGAAGAACAGUUCCAUACCAGCAAAUAAAGACCAGGAUCAGCCUCUCCUCGCCCCGUUCAGCUCCUCCAGCCGCUGCUUCCUGGUUAUUAACAUUAUGGAAUCAUUCUCCCGUUUCUCUCAUUUCAUAGCAUCCUUCACCCCGCCCAUCCCCUCACCUCGGUCACAAGCAUCACCUCCCAAAUGCCUCUUUGCUUGGUCUCAUCGAGGAACGCUCUGCUCAGUCUUUUAAAGAAAAUCUAUGUUUGUCAAUAAAAUCUUCCAAC